UCAUUAAAAUCUUGGUGUAUUUCCAGACAUAUAAUUUCCUUAGAGGAAUCGGCUAUCAGGGUCAAGGAAGAGGAGGAACAUAUGUGUUCAACUGGAACAAUUUCAAUUUCCCACUGCCUAGCGUUACAUCUCUUCCUCAAAGUGGUUACACAACUGAAAAUGGAGUUAUCGUCCCAUACUUAUCUGCUUUCUUGAAAAUUGCUGAUUCUGAUCCCAGAAUAACCAAUUCUGGAAUUAUUGAUGAGGACCAGUUGAAAGUUAUUGGCUGUGUUGUUUCUACUGAUGGAUUCUCAUUUAAACCUGGCUUGGUAUUGGACAAAAGGACAAAACAUGUUGUUGGUACAACUGAUAGCAUAGACAAGGAUUACACAAUUGUCCAUGAAAAUAUUGACCCUAUAAUACUGAAAAACAAGUACAUAACUGAAAAUAAUAGCACUUGUUUAGAAACAAUAGAUGGAAUGCUUGGGUUACCAAUUAGCCAAAAUUACCAUGGGCGUGGUCAUUCAGCACAAGAAACUGCCAAUGAAACUGAAGAAACAAUUUAUACACUACACCAAUGUGCCAGUUGUAUACAAGAAGGAGUUAUUCUUCAAAAUGUAUGCAUAACAA